GAAGCUCUGACAAAUUAUGCUGUUAUAAGCAAGUUGUGAAGAUUUAGAAAGCUGCUCGAUUUUAGCUGUACGCUCUCUACUCAGCAUGUUAUGGUCAUAGCUGAAGAAAGGAGCUAAGGCAACAAGAAUGGGAGGCGCAAAGAGAUCUAAGAAAGAUAAAGAUAAAGGUGGAAAGAAGUCCAAGCGGCCAAAGUACGCCUCUGAUUCAGAUGAUGAUGAAGACACCCAGGACACAGAAUCCACCACUUUAGAUGCACCAGAGGCGGCGUCAAGACAAGUAAAAGAGUCUGGUCCAGAGGAUGAAUAUGGAGCCAAAGACUACAGAAGUAUACUGCAGCUGAAACUGGACCAUAAGUCAAGACCUCUCUGGGUGGCACCUGAUGGUCAUAUUUUCCUGGAGUCAUUUUCACCAGUCUACAAACAUGCCCAUGACUUCCUCAUUGCCAUAUCAGAGCCUGUGUGUCGCCCUGAGCAUAUCCAUGAGUACAAACUGACGGCAUACUCCCUGUACGCUGCUGUCUCUGUGGGCCUCCAGACAGCUGACAUCAUAGAGUACCUGAAGCGGCUGAGUAAGACCACCAUUCCAGAUGGAAUUGCUGAGUUUAUCAAGCUGUGUACUCUGAGUUAUGGGAAGGUGAAGCUGGUCCUGAAACACAACAAAUAUUUCCUGGAAAGUCAGUUCCCAGAAGUGAUGCAGAAGCUGUUAAAGGACCCUGUCAUUCAGCAGUGCAGGCUGCGUGUGGACGAGAAUGCUACGGAAGAUCUCACGGUGGCUGAGGUCUCCCAGAAGGGAAUCAAGUUUACCAGUGGCCAAGACAAGCUGGGGACAGAGGCGCCCUCUGCAGGGACGUCUGCUGAGAAUGGCGGUGGUGACAAAAGUGAGGCCAAGGUUCCCGAGGACAUCUUUGAUUUUUAUGACAAGAUGGACAGAGAGGAAGAGGAGGACGGGGAGGACAUGAAGAUUGUCUCCUUUGAGGUGAAUCAGGACAUGAUAGAGACACUGCAGAAAAGGUGUAUAGAAUUGGAGUACCCCCUGCUUGCGGAGUAUGAUUUCAGAAAUGACACAGUUAAUCCUGACCUGAAUAUUGACAUCAAACCCAGCACCAUCCUGCGGCCGCACCAGGAGAAAAGUCUGCGGAAGAUGUUUGGAAACGGCAGGGCAAGGUCUGGAGUGGUGGUGCUACCUUGUGGUGCUGGUAAGACAUUAGUGGGUGUCACAGCUUGCUGUACUGUUAAGAAGCGCUGUCUUGUCCUGUGUACAUCAGGCGUCUCUGUGGAACAAUGGCGGUCACAGUUCAAGAUGUGGUCUACCAUUGAUGACAGCAUGAUCUGCAGAUUUACCUCUGAUGCCAAAGACAAGCCCAUGGGCUGUAGUGUCUGUAUCAGUACAUACUCCAUGUUAGCACAUUCCACAAAGCGUUCGUGGGAGGCAGAGAAGAUGAUGGAAUGGCUCCAGAAACAGGAGUGGGGGAUGAUGGUCUUGGAUGAGGUUCACACAAUCCCGGCUAAGAUGUUCAGAAGAGUCCUCACCAUAGUCCAAGCCCACUCCAAGCUCGGUCUUACAGCCACCCUGGUACGAGAAGACGACAAAAUCGCUGACCUGAAUUUCCUGAUUGGUCCAAAGCUCUAUGAGGCUAACUGGCUAGAACUCCAGAAUGCUGGCUACAUAGCUAAAGUGCAGUGUGCUGAGGUGUGGUGUCCUAUGACCCCAGAGUUUUAUAGGGAAUAUCUACAGACAAAGUCACAGAGAAAACUGCUACUCUAUAUUUUGAACCCUAACAAGUUCCGUGCCACGCAGUUCCUGAUCAAGUACCACGAGAGAAGAAAUGACAAGAUCAUCGUGUUCUCAGACAAUGUGUUUGCCCUCAUCACGUAUGCCAGAAAGAUGAACAAACCUUAUUUAUAUGGCCCAACUUCCCAAGGAGAAAGGAUGCAGAUAUUGCAGAACUUUGUACAUAAUCCCAAGGUGAACACAAUAUUUGUGUCCAAGGUUGCAGACACAUCAUUUGAUCUCCCGGAGGCUAAUGUCCUCAUUCAGAUCUCUGCUCACGGAGGCUCCAGAAGACAAGAGGCUCAGCGUCUUGGGAGGAUUCUCAGAGCUAAGAAAGGUAUGUGCUCAGAGGAAUACAAUGCCUUUUUCUACUCUCUGGUGUCACAAGAUACAGUAGAGAUGAGUUAUGCCACCAAGAGGCAGAGAUUUCUUAUCAACCAAGGCUACAGCUAUAAAGUUAUCACUAAACUGCCUGGGAUGGAGGAGGAACUCCUGGACUACUCCACCAAGGAAGAGCAGGCUCAACUGCUACAGAAGGUGCUGGCAGCAAGUGAUAUAGACGCUGAGGAGGAGAGAGAGACGGGAGGAGGAAGUACCUUCACUGCUAACAGAUCUCAGGUUACCAGGAAGACAGGUACAAUGUCCUCCAUGUCCGGGGCUGACGACACUAUUUACAUGGAGUACCGCAGUAAGAUGAAAAACGUCCACCCGCUCUUCAAGAGAUUCCGCAAGUGACGGCUUUAAAAUUAGGAGGAAAUUUUGAAAACAUGAUUAUCAAGACGAACUCAAGGGCGUUGUUUAAGUUAAUAUUCUGUAAAAUAUUUCAGUUAAUUUGUGAAAUCUAACAAAGUGAAGACUGAACAGCUGUUGUUUUCGUUGUCUAGUAAACAAUGUAUACAGCGUUUUAUUGGAUAUAAUUAUUGACUAUCACUGCAGCCAUUCAGCGCCGCACUGAAACUAAACUUAAUAAAGAAAAGAUUUGUAUCUGUUGAAAGGAAACCUUAUAUUAGUGCAAUUAAAAAAGGAAAACCAGAAAAUCUGAUUUUCUAAGGAUGUGAUAAAUUAAGCAAAGGGACAUUUUUUGAGGAGAGACACUUGCAGCGAAAGACUGGAUGUGGAACUGUUUUCCUGGACUUGAGAGCAUUGAGAAAUACUACUACUCUGAUGAAGGGUGUAGGAUUUAAUGUUAAGGUUCAGGAAGUCGGGAAGGGCAAUAUCCGCCUUUGUUAAAAGAAAGUAACAAACCAGCUUCUAACAUUAAAAAAGGCGGUGUGAAUAUCGCGGUGGUUAAUAAUUCACCCAGCUUCAAGCAUUGAAAAAUGCGGGGUGGAUAUUGCGGUUUUCAUGAAUUGAAAUAAAUACAAAUGUAAAAAUGAA